AAAACACAGUUUUGUUGUGUCUGUCAUACACGUAACCAACGUGUGGUUGCACAUGGGCUGUAUGCACACCACAUUCCUCAGUUAAUCACUACAGACAGUCCCUGUACUGGAUUAACAGACAGUGCACACUUUAUCUAACCUAGCCUGAAUAUGUGAGGGAUUAGUGAUGUGUUUUUAUCACACUCACCACUCAAACAUACUGUAAACUGUGCAAAGUGCAAUCUAAAUUCUGCUGAUAGAAAGGUUUAAGGAACAAGUGAAGGUCUGCAGGUCGGUCAGUCCAGGCUGCUUUUGGAGCUGUGGAAUGAGAUUUGUGCGACUUGAAAGUGGAUCAGUGUUUUGUAAUGAAUGGGUUUUUUCUUUUUUUCGUCGGAGCGCCAGCCUAUUAUUAGCUACGGAGGCCUUACAGUAAGUGGAGGUGGUUCCAUGACGGUCAGAGCUGCAGCUCUGCAGCGCGCAGACAGACCUCAGAUCAGCGGCCGUGUUUUUGGCAUUGCUCGCGGAAAAUCGCCCCGAUCCAGAGGACGUUUUCUCAAACACCUGCGGUCCGCUGCCGUCUUAUUUCCACGUCUGGUUCAGCUUGCUUUGAAGAUGAAGUUAAAAACAAGCCGGCGUCAGGUGCCAGCCGCAUCCGAUGGAGCCCUGCUUUCUGUCUCGAUCAUCGACCAACCCCAUGCAGCACUUCCUUAUGUUGCGGUCCCAGCUGACAGAUUCUGAUAUGGACUAUGAGAGGCCAAACGUUGAAACUAUCAAGUGUGUGGUGGUGGGAGACAAUGCCGUCGGAAAGACCCGCCUUAUCUGUGCUCGGGCCUGCAAUGCCACACUGACUCAGUACCAGUUACUCGCCACACAUGUGCCCACAGUCUGGGCAAUUGACCAGUAUAGAGUGUGCCAAGAGGUGUUAGAGCGAUCCAGAGAUGUAGUGGAUGAUGUCAGUGUGUCUCUCCGCCUCUGGGAUACUUUUGGAGACCAUCAUAAGGACCGGCGAUUUGCAUACGGCAGGUCCGAUGUGGUGGUUCUGUGCUUUUCGAUAGCCAACCCAAACUCUCUCUACCAUGUGAAGACCAUGUGGUACCCUGAGAUCAAGCACUUCUGCCCGCGUGCUCCAGUCAUCUUGGUGGGCUGUCAGCUGGACCUGCGCUAUGCAGACCUGGAGGCAGUGAACAGGGCACGAAGGCCCUUGGCUAGGCCAAUUAAAUCCAAUGAGAUUCUUCCUCCAGAGAGAGGCCGGGAGGUGGCCAAAGAGUUGGGAGUGCCAUAUUAUGAAACCAGUGUUGUGGCUCAAUUUGGAGUCAAGGACGUCUUUGAUAAUGCUAUCAGGGCUGCGCUCAUCUCAAGACGACACCUACAGUUUUGGAAAUCUCACCUCAGAAAUGUUCAGCGGCCUCUCCUUCAGGCGCCCUUCCUGCCACCGAAACCCCCUCCACCCAUAAUCACUGUGCCUCCUCCCCCAACCACCACGGAGGAGCAUCCAGUUGGUCUUCUGGAGGACCCACACUGUGCUGACGUCAUCCUGGUCCUGCAGGAGCGGCAGAAAAUCUUUGCACACAAGAUAUACUUGGCGACAUCCUCCUCAAAGUUUUAUGACCUCUUUAGUAUGGACACACAAAAUGAGGAGACUGAAAGGCCCCCUCGUGGUCCUCUCUCCGGCCGAGAGCUGCUGAUGCGUGCUGCUAGCUUUGAUGUUUGCGAAAGCAGUGACGAUGGAGACAGGGCCAACCUGAGGGCUUGCACUAGUGACGGAACUUUGAAAGACUCUCAGGGGGGCCGACGGGGCAGACUGCUCUCCUCAUGGAGCCGGGCCUUUGUCAGUAUCCAGGAGGAGCUGGUGGAUGACCCUGUUACAUACAGCCCCAGGCCAAUGACUGUAGUGCAUAUGGACCAGUCCAUGCAGCUGGGCCCUUUCAGAGCAGUGCUGCGCUACCUGUACACAGGCCAGCUGGAUGAGAAUGAGAAAGAGCUAAUGCACAUUGCACACAUUGCUGAGCUGCUGGAGGUAUUUGACCUGCGGAUGAUGGUGGCAAACAUACUCAACAACGAAGCCUUCAUGAACCAAGAAAUCACCAAAGCCUUCCAUGUACGGCGCACAAACAGAGUCAAAGAGUGCUUGGCCAAAGGCACCUUUUCUGAUGUAAUAUUCAAGCUAGAUGAUGGAACCAUCAUGGCCCACAAGCCUUUACUUAUCUCUAGUUGCGACUGGAUGGCAGCUAUGUUUGGUGGGCCUUUUGUGGAGAGCUGCACCAAAGAGGUGCUGUUUCCAAACACAACUCGCAGCUGUAUGAGGGCCGUGCUAGAAUAUCUCUAUACAGGCCGGUUUUGUUCUCGGCCUGACUUGGACGCAAUGGAGCUUAUUGUUCUUGCCAAUCGUCUUUGCCUCCCCCACCUGGUUGCCCUUACAGAGCUCUACACAGUAACUGUGUUGACGGAGGCAGCAAUGAUGGGGGCCGACAUUGAUGGAGAUGUGUUGGUGUACUUGGACAUGGCCCAGUUUCACGGUGCCCAACAGCUCACUGGCUGGUGUCUUCACCACAUCUGUACCAACUACAACAGUGUCUGCCGCAAGUUUCCCCGAGACAUGAAGGCCAAGUCUACAGAUAACCAAGAAUACUUUGAGAAACAUCGCUGGCCCCCUGUGUGGUACCUAAAAGAGGAUGACCACUACCAAAGAGCGCGCAAAGAGCGCGACAAAGAGGACUACCUGUACCAGAGACGACAAUGCAAACGCAAGUGGCUCUUCUGGAACCUUCCUUCCUCCCCUAAUUCAAACUCUCCCUCCUCUGGCUCGUCCGCUGUCAUCUGACCAAGCGGUAAGGCUGGCUCCACUGAAGUGCGUCAGGGUGGAUGAGAGCUGAUGGAAAAAAAUAGAAGACAAGCACUGCUGGAUAGAUACGCCCCAAUUAUUCAGGCACACAGUUUCCUCCCCUGUUUGUUCGCCUCUGCUGUCAAACGGCACUCCUCCAGGUUUGCAAGGUCACUUCAAUCUGGCAGUUAAAGUAAUUUGUCUGUUCCUUAGAUUUUUAGCUUGAUGUAAAUGAGACUCAAAUCUCAGUGAGUUGAACCUCACUGAAAAAAAUGGCACAGUGCAACUGGCGCAAGUAACAACUCCUGUUGAUUGUCAUAUAUUCCACUCUGAUUUUUAAGUCACAAAAAAGAAACUCUGCUGGCACAGAACUCUCCACCUAUGAUCAUAACAACCAUCAACUAACCUGAACUGAUAACCAAGUGCUGCUUCUCAGCUGCAACAACCAGCAACUCAACAGAACUUCUCAGUCUCAGAGUUAAAACACUUUGUCCUUAAGUGUUUGUACAAUCUACCAAAUUGUGUGUACAGUAUGAUCUCAUUAACAGGAUGUAACAGUAAAACAGCCUGCCAGGUCUCAUAUAAUGCAGUUAUUCACUCUAACCAUGCUGACUAUGAAAGUGUAUGCAUAAAUGAAAAUACGGGCAAGUCAUUCUGCUUUUGAAUGUUUGUGUCACGACUUGCACAGCUAAAAGUUUAGUGGGUAUGAACACUCAGCAUUUUCGUAUUGUGAUCGUGUUAUUUGUGGCAUCUUGUCACAAAAGGGCUUUAGUUUACAUGAAUGAAUUCAGUGUCCUGAGACACAAGAGGGAAAUGUCUGUGUUUUUUCUUUAAAGCGCCAGCAAAAAAACAAAGCCAGAACAUCAUUAUUAUUUCUGAUGUAAUGCUCAAUGAGACUUGGAAGCACACAUGUUUUACCCUAACAGUUUCAAGUAAAUGGUUCCAUCAGCUUGGUCACCGUCAACAUGAAAAGUAGCACAUGUUGCAUCUCAAAGCAAGUUUAACACAUCCAUACAACUGCUAUUCACCCCUACAUCUCUCAAGGUUGGAAGUUAAAAGGCUGCCCUGUGUUCCAUUGUAUAAGUUUAUAGGACAACCGACAAAUCAUUAUCAAUAAACAUCUCCUAGAUUGAUUGAAAAGACAGUUGAGAGUGAAAAUCCUGCAGCGUGUGCAAUGACAAGGAAAACUAACAUUAGCUGUCCUUCUGUGGCAAACUAUUGUUAGCAAUCACCUCCUUUCUAGUGUUAUCAUUGGCUGAGGAGUGGAAAAUGGCAAACACUCCUAAAGUAAAGCUCUGAUAAUAACUCAGCCACUUGCAAAUAAUAUUACUGCCAGCUAGGGUGUGGCUGAGAGCAAAUAGUAGUUGAGCUACUGAGGACAGCAUAAGUAAGCAUUCAGCCACUUCCAUCUUAUUUUAACAUUUACUGGGGUGGUUUGCAUUUAGCCAGUCUCUAGCUAUUAUCACCAUGAUGGCUGGUAGCUGGAUGCUAUACCAAAGUAUUGCAUGAUAUAAUAGGAAAGACAUAAAUGCUUAGCUAAUGGUACUAUUAGCAAGGAAGUGACCCAAUAUUAUCUGUAGUCUUUUCACUUGCUGAUUAGUCUGGAAGAUGUUAAAUGAUAUCAAGUUGUCAAAUUCCCUAUGCUUUUACAAGUGGAAACCUGUAAUACACCAGUUCAUCUCAUUACACUGUUUGAGCCUCCCACCCUGUGGAUUACAUCAGAUGUGAAUACAAUGAAUAGAAAAACUU